AUGUCGGACGACUUGGUAAAGAUACUUGUGCUCGGGCCUAGCAAGAGUGGGAAGUCCACUGUCACCAACUUCCUUGCUGGCACACGUGACACUCCUACAAAGGAGUAUCAUGAAACCAACCCACUGCGUGUACUCGAGGUGGAGAUUGCGCUUGACGAUACCCGGCGAUCGGGGAGGCAGGCGGCGGGCCUGAAGAAAGCCGUUGUUCAGUUGUGGGAUGUCGGUGGUAGCAGCAAGCACCAGGCGGGAUGGCCGGCCAUUGCUUCCAAUGCAGAUGGAAUCAUUUAUGUCUUCAACCCUGAGGUAAAAGGGUCAGAGAAGGAGCUGUUGCUGUGGUACAAAAAUUUCGCCCUCAAUCAGGAUGAACUCGACGACGACAACAACUUCAAAAUGCGUGUCACCGAUGGCCACUCCCUGAUAUUCUCGCACCACUCCAGCUUACCAGAGUUUGCUGUCGGUGACAACGCCAUACCUCCAAUGCCAAAGCAACUGCAAGGGAUCCGCGCUCUCGAAACGUCGCUCGACUACCAAAGUGAUAAUUUCAAAGAGGCGUUUGAUGCACUGGUGGAGCAAAUCAUCGCUUCGCGGCUUGCGGCUGAGGAGAACGAUUUACUGCAGAAGGAACGGGAAGCAAAAGACUAUCCGCGGCUGAAGCGUUGA